ACUGCAGGAUGCUAGAUUGUGUGGAUCCAUGCGCGUGGGUGUCUUUUUCGUCUUAUCCACGCGCUGUGGCACUCGCUUCUCUCAACCAGCCUCUAUCUCUGGCACUGCACAGAGAGAGACAAGAAAAAGCUCUGUUUCUGAUUGUUUUCAGCUGUCGAAAACCACGUCGUUUCAUGCAAAGUAGCGUUCUUUUGCAGCACCUUUUUGUGCACACUCUCACUUGUUUCCUUCCUCUUGUCUCUUCCCUCCUUCUUCUCUUUCCCGCGUGUCGUUUUUCCAGCUCAAGUGUCGUUUUCUGCUCCACCCUCCAUGCCAUUGCGUGUUUGUUCAAUGAUCAUGCUGUGUCUUUUGUGGGUGUCGUUUUUGUAGGAGUGUGUUUUUGUCUCUAUGUUGCUGAGGCUCCAAAAGUUUUGAAUUUGGAGCGAGGUUGAAAAAUGCGAUUUUAAAAAAAAUGAGGUUUGGAUAAAUGGAGAUACAUUUUGGGUGCUUCAGUUUGGAGUGAAAAGUUUAUCUUUUUUUUUUACUUUGUUUUUGGAGUGUUACUUUGUUGGUGAGUGUUGUAGAAAUGAAUGAUACUAGUGGAAAGGGUUCUUCUUGUUUGGUGUUGACGGAGAAGAAGAAGAAUCAAAGUCUUGGUGGUUGCAUUGGUAUUUUCUUUCAGUUCUUUGGUUGGAACAAAAGACUCACUAAGAAGAGGUUCUUCUCAAAGAAACUUUUGCCUCCUGCUCAUGCAAAAGAAGCUUCUUCAAACACGUUUAAAGGAGAUGAGAAAAUGCCAAAUUCUAAGCUUCACUUGAUUGCUAGUGAGAACAAUGGAGGUUUCCCGAGUGCCAAAAAAGGUGGGAAUGGUGGUGUGGAGGCAGAACAGAAGCAUGAAAAGACAGUUCCGGGUCUGGUUGCAAGGUUGAUGGGUCUAGAAUCUAUGCCACCUUUACAGCAAGAUAAGUCCUUGGAAUUUUCAUUUUCUGAUUCUUGCGGUGAUGAACCUAAUAAUGAAGAGGUGGAUUUGGAAAUAGUUUUUGCAAAUUCAAAAAAGCAUGAUUCAUCAAGACCUCGGAAGAUUCAGAAAACGGGAAAGCAUGAGAGAAGGAUAGUAGUGACGAGGUUUGGAUCUGAGGCAUUGCAAAUUAAGAAAGUUUUGUCACGAGCUAGAAAGUAUAACGAUCACCGUCAACACAAACUUGUUUCUCCUUUGAAGAGUCCUAGAAUAGCUUCUAGAAAGAGCGCAUCUCGGCGCUCUAGGCUUAUAGGAGCAGCUACUAAGAUCCUGGAACCUGGAUUGCAGGCCACAAGCAGAGCCAAAUGUUCUCUUCCAUCUUCCACUUCCAUUAAUUAUAGCAUUGUGACAGAAAGGGUAGGAACUAGGCCAUUAGAUGUGAAAUAUCAAUGUGGUUAUGAUGACAGCACAGGUAAGUCUUUGAUGGGACAUGCUUAUUGCAGAAGUUGUGGUAAUUUGCUUGAUGCUGUUGAUUACAGGCCUGAGGUUGAGGGACAGCAAGUUGUGUUCACUUCCUCUUUGGAGAAAGCAAAGUCAUUUAUCCCCUCUCAUGAAAAUGAUGUUGUUCUCUUGAGAAGCAACUCAAGCAAGGAGAAGCUCAUAACUCUUGUUAAUGAAGAUAAAAAUAAUGUGCAGUAUUGUAAUGAAUCCUCUACCAGAAGAAUGUCUUUUCUUGCCGAUAGGGAUUCAUCAUGUCAACCAUGUGGAACCCUUGAUGACAAUGACGAGGAGGAGGCAUCUUCUUGUUCCUUCAAAUGCAAAACUCAAACACAAGUACAGGCAUUAAGCCGUGAAAAAAUUUCAUAUGGAUCAAGAGUAAGUAAUGUGCAAGUGAAGAGAGUAUCAUCAGCUGCCAGUGCUGUGAGAGGGACUAAAGACUUAGUUACUUUGAAUAGAAGCCUAAGUGGUAGAACUAGCAUGAGGUCUCCAACCGAAGUGGAUAGUUCCAAAUUUGAUCUAGAGAGAAAACCUCCUAAGAGAUAUGAUUCCUCGUCUCCUGUAAGAACCUUUGAGAGGAAAAUGACCCCAAAUGUAUCACAAGUUGGAGGCACAGCUUCCAGUAAUUUGGUUACAGUGAAACAAGGAAAUGUUAGUUCUGGUGCAAGGGGAGGUACAAUAAGGGGUUUUGAUGCUUCCUCUCGAAACAGUUCUAAUGCCAAAAGUAAACAAGAUGGUCAGCGAAAUACAUAUAAGGUUGAUGAAAAUAAGGUCAAUGAGGUUGUUUCGUUUACCUUUAAUUCCCCUUUUAAGCAAAAGAUAAUAAUACCCGGUGAAAAGGGAGACACAAGCAGUGAUAAUGUCAUUACGACUUGUUUCCAAAGACCUCCACCCUUAACAUCAGAUGCUUUUGGUUCCUUUCUAGAACAGAAGUUGAAGGAAUUAAGCACUCAAGAAAAUGAGUUGGACACUGAUGGUCCAUCGAAAAAAUCAAUUACCAUGAUUCUUCAAGAACUGUUAACUGUGCUUAAUUCAAGGCAUCUAACUUGUUCCAAUGAUCAUAUAUCCAAUGACAAGUAUAGGGAAAAUCAUGGAAUGUUAUUAGGAACCUCUUGCAGUGAUAAUCAUCUCAGUCCUGGAUCAGUUCUUGAAGCUUCCUUUUCUUCCAGUAGUCUGGAUGAAAGCUCAGGGCACGGUUUUCACCUUCACUACUAUAUGAAUUGCUCAUACGAUCAACUGGAACAGUUGGAACAUGAUAUUGAACUUUUAGAUUCUGCAACUUCAUUCAACAAAGGGAAGAAAGGUUAUGAGAUACUGACUGAACUUAUCAACCAAGUCCCUAGGAUAUUGCAAAGUUUAAAUUCUUUUAGGAUAGGAUUGACAGAAAGCAAGCUUACCCAUGUGAAAGAUGUUAUCCUCAAUACUGAAUUGGUUCUUGGAAAUGCUAUUGAGCACAGUGAGGAUGAAGUGCCUCAACUUCUCAUUUCUUACUUUCUUCUGGAUGAACUAGACACCAUGCCAAGUAAUGCUAUGUGGACAGAUCUUAAUGGAUAUGUGGGUUGUGAGGAAUCUAAAGAGGGAAACCAACUUAAGGCAUUUGUAUUUGAUUGUGUAAUAGAAUUUCUAGAAUCAAAUUGCUGCCAAUAUUAUCACAGUGUAUUCAAGGCAAAGUCUGCAUGGAUAAAGUUGCCUUUAUGCAUGAAAGCCAAGAUGUUGGUUCAAGAGUUCAAGAAUGAGAUUAAGAAGUGGGCAUGCGUAGCUGGGCUGAUACCAGAUGAAAUAAUAGAAUGGGAGAUGAGUCACUCCUUAGGGAAAUGGACUGAUUUUAAUAUUGAAGCAUUUGAGGCUGGUGUUGAUAUAGAUGGGGAUGUUCUCCAAGUUUUGGUUGAUGAAAUUGUUCAAGACCUUUUAGAUUUCAGCCAGUGAACCAUUUGAAUAUAUCUAGUUCAUGGUACUAAAAUUCUUCUAAGCUGGUCAUGCAACAUAUCACCAGUAAUUUCUCUUAUCUUUUGUUUUGAUCCAAGAAUCAUUGUAUACGUUGUUGUACAAAUAGAUUAAUGGUAUUUUUAAUGGGGCCUCUGGAGAUCAUCUGGAUAACUGAAUAGAUAGCAUCCAAGUAUGAUGGUCUUUAUUAUUAAUUUUUUGCAUGUGUAAUUUGGCCAAAAUUCUCACCAAUAUUAUUAGUGCUUUAAUUAUAAACUUGAGCUGAUGAU